AUGCCGUACCGUAACGUCAGCAUGGCCUCGCACGCCGUGACCCAGGCGAAGCUCAUGUGGCCGUUCAUCGCCGGCUUCGGCGUCGUCGGCGCCGCGGUCACCUACGCGACGUUAGGGGUGACGAAGGAGGACAUCAAGAAGUCCUCGUUCGCGAACCCGGGCGGGCAGCACCACUGA